AUGCAAAUUUUAGUAAAAUCCAUAAUUCACAAACUGAGGCUUGUGGCAUAGAUUUUUAGGUUCCGAGGAAGAGUAGAAAAAAGCUUUUUGUUAAACUCAUCAUUAUUUAAAAAGCAUCUAUAUUUGAAGUGUAAUAAGAAUUCUAAAAUUACCUAAAAAAAUCUAAGGAAUUUUUAGGUGCGGUCCAGCUUUAAGGGAGUCAAUAGAAAUUUCAAAUUCGGAAAAUUUGUUAGAUACAGGCCAGUCUUAAAAUGUAAUUGAAUUAAAAACUUAACCAUUAAAAAUUUCUUAAAAUAACAAAUAGUACUAAUGGAUCCACAUGAGGUAGAAUUUCUCGGUGAAAAAAAACUUGUUGAUAUUGUUCCUAAUUUUAACUUCGGUCAAAUUCACUUAAUUUCUGGUUCAAUUGGUCCAUUUCGUGCUAGUCUACCAGUUAAAGUGCCAAUUUGGUUAGCUAUCAGCCUGAAACAACAACAGAAAUGCCGAAUUCUUUGUCCAGAUUGGAUGCAACUAGAAAAUCUUGACAUCAUCAAAGAAAAUGAAAAACAGUCAAAGGAUUUUACGGCAAUGCCGAGUAAGCACUAUAUGGAUGUGACCCACAUAUUGCUCAAUGUUGCUUCAGAUGAUUUCGUUAAUGUUGAUAGCAUUCGGACGAUUGUAAAAGAUAUCUGGGAUAUGAGGAUGUCCAAACUUCGUACUUCGAUUGAUGAUUUAUUCAGAGAUCAAAAUGGAAUCCAUGCUCUGUUAAAGAAUCUUACAUUGAUGGAAAUCACUAGUUUACGACCAUUUGUGCCAAGUUCUAUGGACCAAUUACAGCGAAUUAAAUUGAGCGAAGAUCAUGUAAGAUCUUUUCAAACUCAAGGCUCGCAGUAGACGAAUUCCAAAUAAUGGCGAUAGCUUGUUAAUCGAAAAGAAAAGAAAAUUAUUUUUUCUGUACUUAUAUCAUAUUAAAAUAUAAGAAUCAAAAUUAAAAA